AUGUCUCUUCAGAACAGCACCUUUUCACAACUACCCGGCCGUCCAGAUCUAUCCUCUGCCGAGAAUGACGCCAACACCAACGACACUCAGUCCAUCACGGUCUACUCUAAAUCUCGAUCAAACAGCUUCCUAUCUGGUCUAUUCAAGAAGUCAUACGAAUAUCGAUCUCUCACUCUGACGAGGAAUUCUACUGAUGGGGCUUUAUGGCUUGAAAGGGGUAAUGAAGAUCCAACUCAGGAUCCGAAUCCUUCAGAUACACAGGAAAUUGUCUUUCUGCCUUCACAAGAGAGUUAUAAAACCCUAUCUCAGUUCACGUCGGAAAGCUCACGAACGGGGUACUUACUGUUAUCGCCCACAGGCAUUGGCGUAGUGGACGGAGUAACGGGCUGGGGAUCAGCCAUCAAUCCUUUACACCUCAUACCCCAUUCUCCUUCCAACUCCUGUUCCCAGGACAAUGGCAAGCAAUAUCACGAGAAACGCCUACGACUAGCUGAUCUUACUGAUGACUGGCUUGCCGACUGGAGAGAAUGGAGAAGAUCUUAUAGGUCCAAUCCAUCCACUUCAAUACGACCGAAAGAAUUAUCCAGGGAAAUUUUGAGUAGAUAUAGUGAUUGCGCUGUGGUCAGUGCGAACAAAGAGACAAUAGAGGUGAUCAGACCGUUUUUGAGUAAAGGCUUGACUAGAGAAAAACGAGGGCUCGAUGAUGGGUUGAAUGUGAAGGGGUUUGUACGGUAA